AUUAAUCGACAAAAUCAACGUGGAAGUGGCUGCUGUGACGUCCCCAAUUUUCCCACCAAUCUAGUCAAAUUAACGUCAAAAAAUCCGCCUAAACAUUUCCCACAUCAGCGAUUAAUCAUUUUCCCCGUGAAAUAGAAAUUUUCAAAAAAUUGCGAAUACUUUUUGGGGGGAGUGGGGGUGACAGCGCGUACCCUCUGGGCUCAGCUAGACGGGAACAGGUUAGUCGCACGGUGGACGCUGACUUGACAAGACGUGCAUGGUGCGGAAGUCCCCGAGUCCGACCGACAGAUUGCGAAAGCCUUCACCAAACAACAACCGUCUACCCUUCCUACAGGAAGUUCUCUGUGCUGUAAUUUAUCACUCAGGGGGCCAACACACGCGCAACAACGGACAACCCCACAGGACCGGGGGGUGCUUCUCGUGUCUCGGGAGGAAGGUCAGGGUCCUCACAGUAACCUUGGCUUAUAAAGCAAAAAAAAUCAAAACAUUCACACGUACAUUUAUCAAACCCUUGCAAAAUCCCAAAGAAGUUGAACGAAAAAAGAACAUUUGAGAUACGAAGUCUAGAGAGCUUCAAGUAGUUUUUCCGAAAAAUCAUAAACAAACUAAAACAUUCGCGAGUCGCCUGCAUUUUUCAACCACCGAGAUUAAAAAGUUCGAUGCCUUCCAGGGACGAUAAUCGCUCCCUAUCCACUGAGCGACGCUGGAUCCCUCCUUCAACUGUUAGACGCGAUGCUUUCACCCCAGAAAACCGAAAUGAUUUCAUCUUCCGUAAGGUGCGGGGUAUUCUUAACAAGCUCACACCGGAAAAGUUCGCAAAGCUGAGCAACGAUUUGCUCAAAGUUGAGCUCAAUUCCGAUGUGAUUCUCAAAGGUGUUAUUUUCCUGAUCUUUGAAAAAGCACUCGAUGAACCCAAGUACAGUUCUAUGUACGCACAGCUGUGCAAACGGCUGGCCGACGAAGCACCUAACUUUGAAUCCCAAAAGCCAACAAUCGAAGGUCAAAAAGCUCAAAGUACAUUCAGACUAUUGCUCCUCAACAAGUGUAGAGCGGAAUUCGAAAAUCGUUCAAAAGCCAAUGAUGCAUUCGAGGGACAGGAUGAUCUUGGACCGGAGGAGGAGGAACGCCGUCAGUUGGCUAAACGAAAAAUGCUCGGCAAUAUCAAAUUCAUCGGAGAACUUGGUAAACUUGAAAUCGUAUCCGAUUCUAUACUGCACAGCUGUAUCCAGCAGUUGUUACACAAUAAAAGACGAGCCAAGGGACCCAGGGGGGACAUGGCCGAGGAUAUCGAGUGCUUGUGUCAAAUUAUGCGUACAUGCGGCCGUAUCCUUGACUCGGAUAAGGGCCGUUUCCUCAUGGACCAAUACUUUGAACGUAUGAACUCACUCGCUGAGAGUUGUGAUUUACCAUUGCGCAUACGUUUUAUGUUGCGUGACGUUAUUGAAUUACGACGCGACAAUUGGGUACCACGUAAAGCAACAAGCACCGAGGGCCCAAUGCCAAUUAAUCAGAUCCGCAAUGACAACGACGACACCUCAAGAAGCACAAGCUCUUAUCACAAUCGACAACGUGAGGAUCGUCUUGGUGGUAAUGAUUUUCUACGUAAAAUUGGCAGACCCGGUAUUGACAUGGACAUUGUUGGCAGUAUACCACUGUCAUCACCAUCAUUUGGACUAUCACCAUUCAGUCCAAAUGGCUUUCCAACCCCACCGUCCGGUGGUUAUGGCCGGCACAAUCAGCGUAAUCAAACGCCAGGUGGUUAUUUUCCAAAUCAAAAUAGACAUCAGAAUAAUUAUCCUGGUAAACACAAUCAACAACAACACAAUUCACCCCAGAAUUACAAUAACAAUGGUAACAAGGAUCAGUUGCGUUUCAAUAAAUCAAAAAUGCUGAUUGGACAUCCUGAGGAAGUGUCGCUGCGUCCAUCAACAACGUCGAUGAUGUUUAAUAAACAGGCUACUAUUAAACCAGCAAGUUUACCUCUGACUUCAGAUAUAUUCCAAGGUCGUGCUCUUGAAUCACCAAUGAUGAGGGCACCAGCUAUUAAGACAACUCCACCACUACCGCACAAAGAAACAUCACCGGCUAUUGUUAUUAAACAGGGCCCACUUGAUAAACGUGAUAAGGCACGUGAUAGGAAGGACAAGGGGCCCACUAGGGAGGAAAUUAUUAAGAAAGUUAAUGCUAUGAUGGAUGAUAUGUCAUCGGAGACUAAUGUCAAGGAUGCUAUCACCAGUUUCAAGGAUCUCAAGGUACCGGAGAGAUUUAUACGUCAUGCUGUCUACACUAUUUACUCGAAUACACUUGAGAGGGGAGAUUCUGAGAGGGAAUUUGCUGUUAAAUUUGUCGCUGAAAUGAGGAAGGAGAGCCUCGUUACUGUUCAACAGAUGAGCGAGGGGUGGAAGGAGCUCGUUGCAAGUAUUGCUGAUAAGGAGAGCACUGUGCCCUGUGUUGCCUCACACGUGGCAUCAAUAACGGCCAAGGCCAUUGUCAACAGUCUCAUGCAACUUCAGGAUCUUGCUUCGGUCACUGAAAAUGGACAGCAUCAUCCCCUGUUUCUACUCACUCUGCAGCAAUUGCAUAAGAGCCAGGGCAAAGCUGUUCUCACACAGAUAUUUAAUGACAGUAAAGUCAAUCUUAUGAGCCAAUUGCCGGAGGCGGAGAAGACCAAGGAGAGACUUGGAGAGAUUCUUGAGGAUCGUGAACUGACAUUCUUGUAUCCUUUGUUGAGGAUUCAGGGGGAUAUGUGGCGUCAGUUGGAGAGCGAUCCCAGUCCACAGGCUUUCUACAAGUGGAUCAAGGAUAAACUCGAUCCGGCGCAUCAUUCUGAUCCGGGAUUUAUCAAUGCACUUAUGACCGUUCUUCUCAAGUACAUCACGCAGGAAACCACACUUGCAUCUGGCGUCGACACAUCGAGCGUACCAGACAAGUCCCUGCAGGAGAAGGAACGUGGACUCUUGCAAAAGUACACACGUGUACUAGAGUCAUUUCUCACUACCAUCGAUGCUCAGGUAACUGCCGUUCACUCGCUACAGGUGUUCUGUCUGUCGCACGAUUUCCCAAAGGGAAUGUUACUGCGAUGGUUCAUGGCACUCUAUGAAUUAUCAAUUAUCGAGGAGGAAGCCUUCAUCAAGUGGAAGGAGGAUGUCACCGAUGCUUAUCCUGGCAAGGGCAAAGCCUUGUUCCAAGUGAACUAUUGGUUAACCUGGCUCCAGGAGGCGCCUUCCGAGGAGGAGGAGGACGAGGGAGACAACUAAAUAAAUUUCUUGGGUAAACCACCCGAAGACAGGGGCUCACAAUCCCCAACCCAAACGACAACCUAUUAUUUCACAUAGGGUUUUAAUAACCGUGCUAACGCUGAUCCGUGGGUUUCAGUUUUACUUGUUUACGUUGUCUCUUUCAACAAAAACAAAAAAGCAAAAGGAAAAAAAACAGAAAAAUUAACUUAAAAAAAAACUCGAAAAAAAAUGGAAAAAAAUAAAGUGAACAUCUUGUGAGUCCAGCAGGGGAGGAGGGGGUCGUGCACGCUCAAUGAAGAUGUUGGGGACGAGGAGUUGAUGCAUCCAUAAUUCGACAAAUGGUACUGGAGAGGGAGGGGGGACAGGAGAAACGUGAAAUUAUUGAUCAAAUGAGAAACAAAAUGGCUAGAACAGUAUGCAACGACUCAUGAAUGUGUGUGUGAGUGGUGGAGCGUGUCAAGUGGAGAGACCCCGAAGGCAAGAAGUUUUAAAUGUUUUAGAUAAUUGAAUAUUAAUAUUGAUUUAUAUCUGAAAAUGGGAAAUAAGAAAAUGAACUUCAGACCCUUGAAUUUUUGAAAUAGUAGGCCAUUGAAUUUGUUUUUUUUUUCAUUUGUUGGUAAUGAUCAUUGGUACAGAGGGGGUAAAUUAUCAGAACUAUUGAUAACGUGAAAACGACUAAAUACGAAAACUAUUAAAAUUAGUAAUGAUCAAUUUUGUGUUGUCCAAGUUUUUGUCUAGUAUUGUGCUUGUGUCACAUUAAUCAAUAUUAUUUUUCUUCUCUUUUGUAAGUCUUUUUCGUCCAUUGGACCUUUAUAGGAGAGUAGCCAAGUAAUUUGUUAUAUCUGUGUACCAGCUUUUACAUUUAUUAUGGUGAAUGAUCAACAAAUAUACCAUUUCCAAAGGAAAAAAAAUGAAAUGCAGACAUUUACGAUGAAUUGAAGAACUUAAUUGAUUCGAGUUUGUGGAGAAUGGGGGGAAUAUAAUAAAUAUAAAAGUGAAUGGCGGUUUUUGAUGGUCAUGGAGUCAGUGGGCAAUCAAAUGCGAUCUGUCAUUGAGAAACUCUAAACUUCAUGAAUCAUUCAUUAACUAUCCAUCAUAACUUAACGUAACGGAGACAUUAGCUAGGCUUAGUGACAUCGACUUGAAGAAGAAAAGUGAAGGAAACUGAAUUAAUCAAUAAACUUUUGCCUCUUGUGUAAUUUAUUACAGAAUUGAAAGAAAAAUAACAACAAACUCUUGGUUCUGUCGUUCAACGUAUCACAUCCCUUUCAUUCUUCCUCAGUUAACAUGUAGUCUCUACUCUUCCCACUUAAUUAAUAAUAAAAAGAAACGAAGUAAAAAGGAGAAUUUAAAAAUAAUGAAAGAUCGAGAUAAAAAACAUGAAAAAUAUCCGAAGCUUUGAGUCAACCUUCAGGCCGGCUAAUCAGUGCUCUCGAAUUUAUUUAGUGCAAUAAUUAACACUUAAUCCGAGUGUUCCAAUCCUUAUUUUCACAUUACCAUUAUUCUCGUCGUUAUUUCAUUUUUAAUCGAGAUUUUUCAAUGAGUUGCGACGCACCAGACCAACUUUACUAUUUACUUAGGGAGUAUUUUUAUAUUGGUUUGUGGACAGUAUCAUGAUCGUAAUGUAUAGUCCAAGAUGUAUAUAAUUAUUGAAUUACGGGACUCGUGAAGACAUUCGUCAGCCUGAAGAGUUACAUCAAAGAAAUGUUUUUUAUGGUGAAAAAAAAAAAUUUAUUCAGAGACGUGAGGGGAACGUAAAGACCGUUGUAUCCAAUGAUCACUACUAGGAUUUACUUCGCCAUUUAGUAUACGCCCUGUAUUUGUCCCCCAAUUCCCAAUUUUUUUUCGCGUCAUUUAGAUUAAAAUGAAGAAAGUUAAUGUUUUUCUACUUCAUUCAGUAGAUUCUACUCCCAUUUUUUCGUUUACAAGUUAAACUUGGGGACAAAUAAUGCGUCAACGCGCUACGUAUAUUCAUAGUCUUCAUUUUAUAGUGAAACAGGAGUAAAAGUAUGAAAGUUUAUAGUAAUCCUUAUCACCAGAGUCACUAGUGACUGUUAACAUGAUUUAAAAUAAAAAGGACAAAAAAAAAGUAUAAAAAAACGUAUAUAAAUAACAAAAAAACGUAUUAACUUACUUCUUUGCACGUGACAUAACGAAUUUAUAGCGACAAUUGUAGUGUAAUAUUUAAUGGCGUAACAUUUGGUAUAACGAUGUAUUUUCGUUUAUUGCCUUUGUAAUACCAAUUAUAUUUAAAUAUGAGUUUGUCUAUCGGAGUGAUUGUUUACAUUGCAAAAUUGUUAUCCAUGCACUCUUUGAGAGAAUAUGAAUGGCAUCGCUCUGACGACGAGUGUACCUCAGCAUAAUUGUUGUCGAGGAAUGAAUCUUUUUUUUU